UUGGUUGUGCGUGACAGGAGAAUUGGUUUCAGUCUUUUAAACAAAUUCCAAUAUGGCGACAGUCCGCACGCAAAUCAACUUUUGCCGUCGAUUACUGUUUUGUAAUAGGUUUUCCAAGGUCGCUUUCCCAUCAUUCUCCUCUCAGGCCACAGAUCUCAAGAAAGGUAAAGGCCUCAUAUUGGGAGGCUAUUCUUCAACGAACACCGAAAACGACGUUGGUUCCACGAAAGAUUUCAUUUGGACGGAGGCGGCCAAAAGUUUCAACGAUCAAGUGGCCAAUCGCCUAAACGAUGCGUUGAACUGGAGCGGAGUGCCAAAGAAGGGCAAAGCCAGAGUGCUGUACGGACUCGAUCGUGAAUUUCCAGCUGUAGCCGUCGUCAAUUUGGGCCCGAAUCCUUCAAACCAUGCAGCUAUUUUUCAAAAAGAUAAUGUUUUGGAAGAAAGAGAUACGGCCAGAGAAAAUCUAAGAUGCGGCAUUGCAGCUGGUUUAAAAGCUCUGCGUGAUGUUGGCGUGGAUGUUGUGUCCGUUGAUCCGUGUGGUGACGCCGAGUGCGCCGCCGAAAGUGCCUCGCUGACUCGCUGGCAGUUUCAAGAUUUGAAAGGCGCCGCUAAACGCAAACCCGAUAUUGAAGUAAUUUUGCACGGCAGUGAUGAAAUCGGAGAAGCCAAGUGGGAGACUGGUUUGACAAAAGCUGCUGGGCAGAAUUUAGCCAGAUGGUUGAUGGAAAUGCCAUCGAAUCAUAUGACACCUACCAUUUUUGCCCGUCAUGCAGUCGAUUUGCUUAGUCGUGCAGGAGGCAACGGAGUAGCAAUUAAUGUAGAAGCUCACGAUGAAGCAUGGGCUUCCAAUCAAGGAAUGAAUUCUUUUUUAGCUGUCGCCCAAGGUUCCAGAGAGCCACCUGUCUUUCUCGAAAUCACCUACAAUAAUUUGCCAGGCAAAGAGAAGCCGAUCGUCAUUGUUGGCAAAGGAGUCACCUUCGAUACAGGUGGUAUUAGCAUCAAACCAGCAGCCAACAUGGAUAAAAUGCGUGGAGAUAUGGGUGGGGCUGCCUGCACCCUUGCCACAAUUUUGACAGCUGCUAAGCUCAAUCUACCUCUGUACAUCAAAGGGUUAAUUCCAUUGACUGAAAAUAUGCCGGGUGGCAAGGCCAUCAAACCUGGCGAUGUCGUGAAAGCCAUGAAUGGCAAAACGAUCCAAAUCGAUAAUACGGAUGCAGAAGGUCGACUUAUUCUGGCCGAUGCCCUCGCGUAUGCUCAACAGUAUCAGCCCAAUCUCGUAUUGGAUGUUGCCACGCUGACAGGUGCAAUCAAUGUUGCUCUUGGCAGCUCAGCAGCUGGAGUUUUCACCAACUCUAACGCCUUAUGGCACCUGGUUCAUCAGUCUGCUUUCAUCACAGGCGAUAGGGUAUGGCGAAUGCCUUUGUGGAAGCACUUUCAAGCCGCACUAGAAUCACAGCUCGCGGAUUUAAAUAACGUCGGCAAAACUGGAGCUGGAGGUUCAUGCAGUGCCGCAGCUUUCCUUAAGGAAUUCACUGAUGCACCUCACUGGAUGCAUCUUGAUAUCGCAGGUGUUGGUGGGGUUGUCGACGGCUCUGAUGUGCCUUACUUGGCUAAAGGAAUGACAGGAAGACCGACGCGUACGUUAAUUGAAGUUCUAAGCCGCAUUAGUCAGAGCGAGGAUUUCCAAAAGAUGUUUUAAAUUCACUUCAGUACAGCAUUCAGGAAAUAAACAUGAGAAUUUUUCUUUA